UUUUACAAAAGUCGUGCGAUUCCGAAACGACGGUCAAAUCAAUAAACCGAACUUUACGUAACGUUUUAAAACGCGAAUACGUGUUUUACUGUGGUAUUAGAAUCUUGUGAUAGUUUAAAUAGUGAUAAAUAUGCCUAGACGCGGAAGGUCUUCACCAUCUCCAUCCAGGAGCCACAAUUUACCAGCCAGGACUGCUCCUGCUCCACCACCAGCCCCAGUACAGGCUGCCCCUGCAGCCCCAGCCCCCUCUCAGGGGCCAGGGCUGUUUGGACAAAUGGCUGCCACCGCAGGAGGUGUGGCUGUAGGUUCUGCCAUCGGUCAUACAGUUGGACAUGCAGUAACUGGUAUGUUUAGUGGUGAUGGCUCAAGUGAACCAGCGCCAGCUCCUCAACAGCAGGCAGUACCUCAGCAACAGUAUGGACAGCCUCAGUCUACCGAGGCAUCUGGACCAUGUGCUUGGGAAAUUAAGCAGUUUUUGCAGUGUGCCUCCACUCAGUCAGAUUUGACUUUGUGCCAGGGUUUUAAUGAAGCGAUUCAGCAGUGCAAAAUUAGGAACAAUGUUGCCUAAAAACCAACUUGUAGCAGUUAAUUUAAUAAAUUUUAGUGUUGUUUCCUGGGAUGAAGGAAUGCAAGAAGAUGGGAAAUAUUAUGUGUAUUUUUUUUAGCUAUACAUUUAUAAUUUAAAUAAACAAAUUACUGUUUAAAAUGAAUGAUGAUAAAGGAAAUUGUCUUUGUAUUUCUGUGCUGUUACUGUUGGUUUUAUUUAUUUCUUUGUUGGCAAUAUAAAGAUGUGUUAGUAAUAUAAGGCAUUAAAUAAG